AUGGUUACUAGAGCAGAAGUUGCUAAACAUAAUACAAGAGGUGAUUGUUGGAUCAUUGUCAACUCAAAGGUAUAUGAUGUCAGUCACUUCCAUGCCCUUCACCCAGGUGAGGGUAUCAAUGACCAAUACAUUGCUGACCAUGCUGGUAAAGAUUGCUCUGAGCUUUUUGAGAAGUUUCACAAUACAGACGAACCAUUCGAAAUGUUGGACAUGUCAGAGGAUGGUAAAACUGAAGGAAUUGUAUAUAUAGGUGAAUUAUGUGAUGAAUAA